AAAAACAACAGUCUUGAAAUUAGAAGACCACGGGCUCCCCACUCCUAAAAGUACCUGCUAUGUAAGCAAUAAAUGUUAGCUGUUAUUAUUCCCAAAUCCUGGUUCUUCCCUCUCACCUCUUAAACAGAAAACUACAACAGGAAGUGACUGGUUAGAAUUCUACCUACUCAUGGUAGUCUUUUGUCUUACUUGCACUAAAGACUGGGCUGAGGACCUCUGUAAGCUUUUCCCUUUCCUUGGACCCUAGCACAUUCCCUUUGGGUCCCUGUGGUUCCCUUAUAGAUAACUUUGCAGUGGUUCCUUGACUGUCUUGUUUCUUAACUUACAUUUUUAAGUUAGAAGACUGAACCAUGUGUUGUUUUAUUUCCUUGAAACUGUGCUAUAUACAUAGCAAGGGCUUGAAAAAUACAAAGGCAAAAAUAACACAAGUUUUUUGGUACAUUUUUACCUUUAUAAUCAUUUGAGUCAAGAUUACUGUGUUAAAAGACAGACUUUAGACAAAUUUAACACAGUUUAAUUGAACAAAGAAUUGCAAAUGAAGCAGUCCCCUAACCAGAAUAGAUUUCAGAGUGACCCCCAUGUGCUACUGACAUGGGUGGGAAAGGAUUUAUGGACAGAAAACAGAAGCAAGGUUGUGGCCCGUUUGGUUACAGCUUGUCCUUCGGCUGAUUUGAAACAAGGUUUGAAUAUAUGACCACCUGUCAAAACUCAGUGAUUGGUACAACAGUGGGUUACAGUCAGUUUGCUUUAGGCAAAACUUUAACAACUGUAAAAUGUAGCAGAUACAGUUAGCCUAAGUUUGCAGAUACACACAUGUGUUUUUGAGGUCCAUGAGGAUAAAUCCAUAGUUGAGUUCAAUUUCCUGUCAAUCAUAACACAAUAAUGAGGGUUUUGCUAUGUCUAGUACCAUUAGUUUGAUAAUCUUUUCCAAUAGGAGUGUGAAUGAGUUCAUUGAUCGUAUUGGAUUGUUUCAAAUUUUCAGGCAACUUGGAUUAAUUAGGAGAAAAUCAAUUGCACCAGCAAAUGGAAAUCCAGGAAGAAGUAAAUCCAAGCAGUUGUUUGACUACUUAAUUGUCAUUGAUUUUGAGUCCACAUGCUGGAAUGAUGGGAAGUGCCACCGUACCCAGGAAAUAAUUGAAUUUCCAGCUGUACUGUUGAACACAUCAACUGGAGACAUUGAGUCUGAGUUCCAUGCUUAUGUUCAGCCUCAGGAACAUCCAGUUCUUUCAGAAUUUUGCAUGGAACUGACAGGCAUAAAGCAGGCACAAGUUGAUGAAGGGGCCCCUCUGAAGAUUUGCUUAUCUCAGUUCUGUAAAUGGAUUCAUAAAAUUGAGCAACAGAAGAAAAUUGUUUUUGCUGCUGAGGUUUCAGAGCCUUCUACUUCUGAAGUAAAGUUAUGUGCAUUUGUUACUUGGUCAGACUGGGACUUGGGGGUUUGCCUGGAGUAUGAAUGUAAAAGAAAACAACUGCUAAAGCCUGUGUUCUUAAAUUCUUGGAUUGAUCUCAGAGCAAUUUACAAGCUUUUCUAUAGGCGAAAACCAAAAGGACUAAGUGGUGCCUUGCAGGAAGUAGGAAUAGAAUUCUCAGGACGAGAACAUUCUGGGUUGGAUGAUUCUCGGAAUACCGCGCUUCUCGCUUGGAAAAUGAUCAGGGAUGGUUGCCAAAUGAAAAUUACAAGGUCCUUGAACAAGGUUUCCGCUAAGAAGAAUCCCAGAAUUCUGGCCAGAAAUGUGAAUACAAAUCGAGUUGAAGAAGCAUUUGCCUGCAACAUUAGUGUACAGGGUUCCAGCAUAUACGAUAGGGAGCCUAAAAAUACAAUGAAUUCUCAUGAAAAAGUUCAAAUGGAGUCAAUUUGUAUGAAUUCUACUGUAAAGGUACAGCAGGAUCAAUUACCAGUAAAGAAUAUAAAAGCAGGUCUUGGUCUUCACAGUGUCAAAAGCUGCUUUAAGUCCUCUACUUCUCUGGGGCAGUUACACUCUCCUACCUUGAAUUUGCCUGACUAUAUGCAGAAGCAAAGAAAAAAUGAGCAUCUUGCCUUUAAUACCAAAACUAAGUCUUCAGCAAUUGGUUCAGAAUUGGUACUUGUUUCUACCACCAUUUCAUCUGUUAAUCAUGUUUCUGAUACAGAAGUGAGUUCUGCUCUUGACUGUUUACCUAUGUUGACUGACUGGGAGGAUGUAGUUUUACUGCCAGCCUCUCAGCCAGAGCAAAGUAGAGAUUGUACAGUUCCCAUUAGUGACUCAGGCUUAGACACCUCAGUUAAUUCUGAAGAAAGAUUAAUGGUUUUAAAAGAAUCAGAAGUGCUAAAUCAUGAACACUUUCAAGGCAUAGAAGAAACUCCUCAAAAAUCUGAAAAUUCUAGGUCAAUUGUGUACAAGAGUCCUCAUACUACUAUUUAUAAUAUAAAAGAAACCAAAUACCCAGGUUCAGAUGUUUCUGCCUUUAAAUUACCUGAACACAAAUCAAAUACUUUCCACGGUGUUAAUGCCAAUGUGUCUCAUCCUUUAGCUUUGGGGAAACAUUCUCUUCCUUUAGGAGGUGUUAAAAGGAGUCCAUCCAAUCCCCCAACUUUCCCACCAGCAAAAAAACAAACCUUCAAUAUUCAUGAAGAAAAAUCUAUAUCAUCUGAUUGCCCUCCAGUAAAAACUUCUUCUCGGAAGGUUCUCCCUUCUAUAUUAACUUCUACAGUUAACCUACAGGAGCCUUGGAGGAGUGGGAAAAUGACACCUCCCUUAUGCAAGUGUGGCCGAAGAUCUAAGCGACUUGUUGUUUCUAAUAAUGGACCGAACCACGGAAAAAUCUUCUAUUGUUGCCCUAUUGGGAAAUAUCAAGAAAACAGAAAAUGUUGUGGUUAUUUCAAAUGGGAAGAAACAUUUAAAAAGGAAAGAGCCAACAGGGUAGUUCUAUCUCAUUCCAUACGGGGACUCACUUGUAGUUCUUCAGAAACAAGCCAUAUUCAUGAUAGAAAUUUAGGUUUUUCCACUAAAAAUUCUUUGAGACUCAGGCCUACAAUGAGGAAUUGAUAAACUUUCCUGUAUGAAUCUUAACUAUUCCUUGAGUUCCCAAACAUUAAUAUUCUGGUAA